UGAAAGGGAAUCUGAUCUCUGCUAUUUCACUGUGAUACAAUAAAUGGCAAAGAUAAAAUGAGAACAUACAAUUAUGUUAAUUUGAUUGUUUCUGUUUAAGAUUUUACCAUUUUUAAUCCACAUAGUGCUGACAAUUUUACUUAACGAUUAUUUUCAAGAAAGAAAGUUCUUAAAAACACCAUAUAUAUUCCAUAAGCAAUACAAAUACAGUAGAUGGAAAUAAAAGCUUGCAAGUAAGAUUAUAAUAAUUAUUUAUCACUCAAACCCUUUUUUGUUCAUUGUAUAAUAGUGUAGCCGAUUCUUCGCAAUAUAGCAAGGAGCAUCGUCGUCUUACAGUGUCAAUUAAGUUUCUUUUCACAGCGUUUACCAUUAAACUUACGUGACGCAUAAGAUGUGAAAACAUUUAAGAACUUAUGAAGCGCCGUCGUCAUCACCGUGUUUGUAGUUUUUCAAGUUUCACAGUUGUAGCUCUAAAGCGAACCAUCAAACUCCUCUUCCGUUGAGCAAGGAAUUGUGGGCAAUAUUAGCCAAAAAAGCGUGCACGGAUCCACACUUCGCAAAUCUACCAGACGUUUUAGACCAUUCGGGCUACUUUGGAACCCUUUUUCUAAACAUACUACUAUUUGAGACAUACUUCUUAUCUAAUAUACUAUUUAGGGUGGAUAGUGUGCACAUUGAGAUGCAGCAAAUGUCUUUAUUAAACUCAACCUCAACCGCUGCAUGUGGAGCUUUUGAAAUAGUAGCUUACAUGUACAGUGGUUACUGUGGUAUUCUCAUGACAUUGCCAUCCAAUAACUGCAACUGAUUAUUUUUAGUAUAUCAUAUUUAAAUAAUCUGCGAUGGACUGGCGACCUGUCCAGGGUGUCCCCCGCCUUUCGCCCAAUGUUAGCUGGGUUAGGCUCCAGCCCCCCGCGACCCUGUACAUAGGAUAAGCGGUUGACGAUGGAUGGAUGGAUGGAUAUUUAAAUAAUAUGAUAAGUUAGAUAAAAGUAGCUUAUAUCAAGCAAGUUACUUUAGUCAUGUAGCUUGUAGCGGACUUUGCUCUCUGUAGUAGCUUGUAGCUUGUCAGUUUUUGGGUUCAUCACAAUUAGCUCCCUAUAGCUCACUAUGUCAUGAAUCAGUAUAUGGUGAAAAUGAAUUCGGGCACUGGCAAGUAUGUUCAUCCACUGAACUUUGUUACACUUAUGACUCAAUCACCUGCAGCACGAUAACAAGCUCGUGCAUUCAAGCGCAGCUGUUAUUAAUCAGCACCAUCGCUGUAUAAAUGACACUAUCGUUCAUUUUCGUUGAAGAUUUUCAAAUGUUGUGUUAUUAUGCAAGUCAAAUUACAUUAAUAAAGAAAUAAAAGGAGUGCAUUUUAAACCUACUUUUAACAACUUUAACAUUUAAAAGAUUGUUUCCCUUUCAUGGUAACUAUGGAUGACCAACAUUACUGUAGAACAGUUAAAGGAUGGAGGACAGGAAACAGGUCUUCAGCACACGGUAAGCCUUUUAAUUCCCUUUUUGGUGACAGCAGUAGUAACAUACACACACACAAUACAAUGAGGACUCAAACGCUGGGUUUGCUGUCGGUCUCUCUCUCUCCAUGCUCUGUGGCUGCUGGCCUUUUAUCCGCUCUCCUCGCUCUACUGCAAUUAGAGACAGGUGUUAGACAUAAUUUGGCUCAGGUGUGAGCGCCCUUACCGCUUUUCUCUCCCGGACGGGCGCUUGACCACGCCCCCGCUGCCACAAUUACUUUUAAAGAGAAAAUAAGUCUUUGACAUCGCAUCUUCUAAUGGCUUGAGAGACUUCAGAAGACAUGGAGAUGUUUCUGGUAAGGGAACAUAGUGAGCAACGAUGCCGCCUGGUUUUUACAGUGCAUUGUGGGAUUUAAUAGGGAACUAACUUUUCAGUGUAGUGGAACGAUUUUGCGAUUGUGACUGCAUUUAAAAUGGCCAUCUCCCUGAUCAGUGCCCUGACUGCUGAACUAGGGAACUGAUUUAGAUACAAUUUCUUUCUGUAGAGUAAUUGGUACCUUAGCUACAUUUCUGAGUAGCUUGCUCAACACUGAAUAGAUCCUAGUAGGCCCUAUUUUCUUUGAUCUGCAAAAUGUAGAUCAUGACUACUUAAUGUGCCCUGAAGUGAUGAGCUAAGACAGCCAGUAACUAGAUAGUUUGACUAGACAGUUUUAAUCAACAUACUAAUUGUCAUCAUUCUAUACGGUUUAAUGUUUAAACUUUUCAAAAACUUCUAUAGUCAAUAUACCCCAGCCCCCUACCCCAAAUAGAAAGGAAGUGCCAUGGGCAGUCCAGCUCUCUGAAUAGGUGGUUCUGUAGAAACCUAUAUAAAUGACUGUGGUGGUAUCAGCAGCAUCAUCUUACUAUGAAGAUGAGUGCAACUUACAGCCUGUUGCUCACUGUGGCUUUAACAAGCUUGACACUGACUGGUACAUUUGGAGCUGAUAUUAUCAAUGGGAAAAAAGCCAAGAAGAACUCCCUGCAGUACCUGGCAUCAGUGCAGAUUGACGGAAAGCACAAAUGUGGAGGAUUCCUGAUUGAUCCAAGUUAUGUGCUCACAGCUGCACACUGUGAUAAAAGUGGCAACAUGACAGUGAUCCUGGGUACCCACAACAUUGGUCCAGAGGAGGCACGUUUGAGAUUUACAGUGCAAAAUAAACAUAAGCACCCAUCCUUCAAAAAUCCCAAAAAUGGGAAUGAUAUCAUGCUUCUCAAGCUGUCUAGGAAACUGAAAACAAGCAAGGGUGUGAAAAUAGUCAAAAUCCCAAGAAAGGACAAACCAAUAAAGCCAAAAUCCAAGUGCCUAGUUGCAGGAUGGGGCAAAACCGAGCAGCACAAUGUGGUGAAUGAUCUGCUAGUGACAGACGUGUCCACCAUCAACUUCACCGUCUGCCAGACGAUGUGGAGAAAAGUGAAAGUAAACCUCCCUGACAACAUUCUGUGCGCUGGGGGUUUCGAGACCAAAAGUGGUGCAUGCCAGGGUGAUUCAGGUGGACCUUUGGUGUGCAGUGGAAUUGCAGUGGGUGUGGUCUCUUUCAACCUGGGCCGCUGUGACUACCCAAAUAUUCCUAACAUUUACACCCAGAUUUCAAAAUAUUUACCCUGGAUCAAGAAGGUGAUCAAUGGAGGUGCUUGAUUUAAUGCCAAUGCUACUUAAUUGUUUUAUUUUGCAAUUAGUUAAUCUCAAUCAUGGAAGCUUGUAUUGUG